GGGCGCUGGGGCGACUGGGAGAGCUGCGCGGCGUGCGCGGGCACGAGCGUAGUGGCCUCCCCCGAGGCUGAGGCGGCGGCGGGCGCGCGCGGCGGCGGGUUCGAGGCGCGGGCUGUUGUGCUCUCCGCUCUCCUCUUUCCCUUCCUUGGCGGGUGGAGGAGGCCGAAGCGGUGCUGGGCGCGCUCCCCCUUGCUCUCCCUCCGGCCACCUCCCCCGGCCCUCUCGCGCUGCGCGGUCUCUCCGACGCAAGACUGUCCCGGCCCGGAUAUGGCUCGUGGACAGCAGAAGAUUCAGUCGCAGCAGAAAAAUGCCAAAAAGCAAGCUGGACAAAAGAAGAAACAAGGACAUGACCAAAAGGCUGCUGCCAAAGCUGCCUUAAUAUAUACCUGCACUGUCUGUAGGACACAAAUGCCAGACCCUAAGACCUUCAAGCAGCACUUUGAAAGCAAGCAUCCUAAGACUCCACUUCCUCCAGAAUUGGCUGAUGUUCAGGCAUAAAGUUGUUUACAGGUGAAUUCACGACACCUUUGGCUCUUCUACUGUCUCAGACCUUAGGUAACAAACCUGCAGCUGCUUUUCUAACAAACUGUUGAUCAGCAAAAAUAAAGGGGCUACAGAAACACUCAUUUUUAUGCUGUUCCCUUUUGGGCUUCAUGCAAAGACAAUUCUGUGUAAAUGUACAGUUGACUCUGAUUUGGAAAUCUGAAAAUCAGUCCAUCCUUGUUAUAAAAAAUUUUUUUACAAUUGUAAUUAUAUUGAUGUUCAUAUUGUGUAAAAUAACUCAUUUAAUAAAGUAGUACUUUGAUUUUACAACAUCA